CAAAAAAAAAAAAAUCAAUUGUCAAAUUUUGUUAAAACAUCACAAUUUUGUACCUUAUUUUUUUUUUAUUAUUUUACAGAAGAUAUGACGGGAUAUAGGGUAUUACAGCCGGAGAAUCUACCGGAACCAUUAAAAAAUAAACCAAAAUGGAUGGUGUGCAUGGUGUUCACUGCUGGACUCCUCAUCAUGACCGUGUCAGCAAUCUCAGCUGGAAUUUUCAUCGGAUACACUUACUGCUACAUGGAACACAGAACGGGGUUCAGACCAGCAAAUACACCCCAAGCUAAAGAAUUGCCGAUCAUCAAUCUUCCCAAACCAAGUCCUGAAGAAGUUCACAAGAGGACCAUUAACGGAGCGCUGGCAUCCAGUCUUCUCGUGGAGAAGAUACUGAGGAUAAUACACAGUAUUCUAGAUGAUGAACAUGUUAUUUUACCUUAUACAAAUGAAAAAACGCUGUUUAAUGAUGUAUAAUCGUUAUACUAUUUCUUUUUGUUAAUAAAAUCCACUUUAAUUAACAAAG